AUGCUGCGCGGAGGAUUCAGCAGUCAACUAUUUCCCAAAAUGAGUGCGUGCACAUGUAGGAAAACGCAGACGCCAGCUUCACCGAGUCCUAUGAAAAAUGAGUUCGCUGUUCAUUUCGCUCUCGUCCUCCUCGACCCUCGGGAGGUGCCGGGUAAACUGGGUCUCUUGGGUGCUAAGGAAGAGAAAAAGGAAAAAAACCACCGAUCUCCACGACGUGCACACCCCGGCAGCUCGCGACGUGCACGGCACACCACAUCGGAAUCUGCCUCCUCAAAGGUUUCUCCCCCUAAGACUCGGAGCGGAGAGGAGGCGGAGAGGCGGGCGAGGAGGCUGGGCAGGACCGGUGCAUUCUCCCGGGGAGACUCGACGGAGCCAUUUCCAGGCUCGGCAGGCGGCAGGCAGUGGGGUGGCGGUGGCGGUGGGGGCGCAGCAGCGCGCGCCGGGGAGCGGGCCCCGAUCCCGCCUCCCCCGGCCCCUUCCCGCCGCCCAGCACAAAGGAGGCGGCGAGCCCCGGCUCAGCCCGCGCCCGGCUCCCGCCUGGGCGGCGGCGGGCAGAGGAUGAAUGGGUCAGAGGCGCAGAGCCCGCGCGGGGCCGCCCCGCGCCCGCCCUCCGACACCCUGCCCCGGCGCCGCGGGCUCCGACGAGCCGCCGCCGCCACGCCGAGGGCGCGCAAGGGAGAGCGAGGCGCGAGGCUGCCGCCGCGCCCCCGCCCCGGCUCGUCGCGCGCUCCGCCGCCGCCGCCGCUCACAUUCCCCGGGCCCGCGCCCCGGCCUCCAGCGCUCCCGGGCGGCCUCCCGCGCCCGCGUCCGCCGAGCCGCUCGCACAGCCCACCGAAGGGCGCCGCUCGCCUGCCCGCCCGCCGCGGAGCCGAGCGGGCUGCGGGCGGGCACGGGGACGCGGCCGGGCGCGGCGCGGGGAGGGCGGAGGACGGCGCCGCAGGGCCGCCGAGGGCGAGGAGGCGCGCGCGGAGCCGCGGGGACGCGGGCGGGGCGUGGGGAGGCGUCAGGCUGCGGCCGGCCCUCGGGCGCCUCUCGUCCGUCCGUCAGUCCGUCCGUCCGUCCUCCCGCACCCUAGCGGCCGGCGGCGGGCGGGCAGGGCGCUCGGCUCGCGGCCGCCACAGGCUGGUGCGCGGCCCGCAGCCCGCGCUCGCGCCGGCUCUCCAUCCUCCCCGCGGGCGGAGCUUUAAAUAG